AUGGUCCCAUAUCUCCACAACAAAGUCCUGAUGAAUGUAGCUGGCCUGACUAAGAAGACAGCUGGGAACCAAAGCAUUUUGGGGCCUCUUGGUUUGGAUGGCAAACCAGGACCUCCAGGACCAAAAGGGGAGAAGGGUGAAGCGGGGGACGUCGGCCCGAGGGGUGAUCAAGGUCAAGAUGGAGCCACUGGCCCCCCUGGUCCUCCAGGUCCCCCGGGUGCCCGGGGGCCUCCUGGUGACACAGGAAAGGAUGGCCCAAGAGGACCUUCAGGCCCCCCUGGUGUGAAAGGCGAGCCAGGAGAGGAAGGCCUCAUGGGUGCCAGGGGACCUCCAGGACCAAAGGGUGAGCCUGGCAGCCAAGGGAAAAAGGGUGAUGAUGGCAUCCCUGGGGAACCAGGACUUAUGGGCCCUAAGGGAGAAAAAGGAAGUGCAGGUCCUAAAGGAGAGAAUGGCACAGAUGGCCUGCCAGGGCCCAAGGGUGAACCUGGUGAGAAGGGAGGAAUCGGCUCCAUUGGACCCCGGGGCCCCCCUGGCCUGAAGGGGGAACAAGGUGACACUGUAGUGAUCGACUAUGAUGGCCGGAUCCAGGAUGCACUCAAGGGUUCACCAGGUCCCCCAGGGCCACCAGGCCCCCAAGGUGCCCCGGGUCCCAAGGGAGAGCUGGGCUUGCCGGGUCCACCUGGCCUGGAUGGUGAAAAGGGUCCCAAAGGAGCAAAGGGUGACCAGGGAAGUGCAGGGGCCACAGGACAGAAAGGAGAGACAGGAGAAAUGGGCUUAUCAGGUCCGCCGGGAGCAGAAGGGCCACAAGGAGACAAAGGAGAAAAAGGAGACACGGGCUCACCUUGUUUGCAGAAUAAUCAUAUCAUACCUGAACCUGGACCCCCCGGAUUACCUGGCCCUAUGGGUCCUCCAGGAAUCCAGGGGCCUAAAGGUUUGGAUGGUGCAAAGGGAGAAAAAGGUGACAGUGGUGAGAAGGGGGACCACGGUGACACUGGACCUGCUGGUCUCCCGGGCGCUCCAGGGCUCAUUGGUUUACCCGGCACCAAAGGAGAGAAGGGAAAGCCGGGGGAGCCAGGACUGGAUGGUUUCCCAGGCCUCAGAGGAGAGAAAGGAGAGAGGAGUGAAAGAGGAGAAAAGGGCGAGCGAGGAAUUCCAGGGAGAAAAGGAGCCAAAGGGCAGAAGGGGGAACCAGGCCCUCCAGGACUGGAUCAGCCUUGCCCUGUGGGACCAGACGGACUGCCAGUAGCAGGAUGUUGGCAUAAGGUACAGUAA